ACAUGAAGCACUUAAACUAAACAUAGAGAGAGUGAUUUCUUCCCCACUUAAAAGCUUUCGCUUAUGAAAUCCGAGUUUCGAGUUAUCGAAAAUUCCCAAACUUCAAUAAUUUAUACAGCACAGCUCAGCACAGUGCCCUCAUCCACUUUCUCCCCCACUUUUUCAACCAUAAUUCAUCGUUUUCACAUCACAAACCAACUGAAAUCAGACCCAUCACCAGCCUCCAACGAUGGCAGUGGCCAACAACAUAACCGCAGUUCUAAAUUUCAUGGCCUUUUUAUGUUCCAUCCCCAUCAUAGCUUCCGGCAUCUGGUUAGCGUCCAAGCCUGACAAUGAGUGCAUCCAUAUCGUUCGCUGGCCUGUGGUCAUCCUCGGUGUCCUCAUCCUCCUAGUCUCACUCUGUGGCUUUGUCGGAGCCUACUGGUACAAGGAGGGUCUUUUGGCCUUCUAUCUCUGUUUCAUGGCAAUUCUCAUUGCCCUCCUCCUCAUUCUUCUCGUUUUCGCCUUCGUUGUAACCAGACCUGACGGUGGCUACGCCAUCCCUGGAAGAGGCUACAGAGAGUACCGCCUUGAUGGGUUCUCCAGCUGGCUGAGGGAUCACGUUGUUGACUCCAAGAAUUGGAACAAGAUUCGAGCUUGUCUCAGUGAAACUGAUGUCUGUUCUAAACUUGACCAAGAAUAUGUCACCUCCGAUCAGUUCUUUAUGGCUCAUAUCUCUCCUCUUCAGUCAGGAUGUUGUAAGCCUCCGACGGUUUGUGGGUUCAGCUAUGUGAACCCAACAAUGUGGCAGAACCCAGUGAAUCCGAUGGCUGAUCCGGACUGCUAUUUGUGGAGCAACGACCAAAACCAGCUCUGCUACAAUUGCAACUCCUGCAAAGCCGGUCUGCUGGGGAACCUGAGAAAAGAAUGGAGGAAAGCCAAUGUAAUUCUGAUUGUGGCAGUCGUAGUACUGAUAUGGGUUUAUCUUAUAGCCUGCAGUGCCUUCAAAAAUGCCCAAACUGAAGACCUCUUCCGCAGAUACAAACAGGGUUGGAUUUAAAUGGAUUUUCAGUUUUAUGGUUUUGCCAGUAUUUGUUUCUUAUCCUCUCAAAUUAUAUAAAAAAAAAAAAAGUGUCUCUGUUACCAGUGUUAAUAUAUCUAUAUUCCCUUGUUCCGAUCUAUGUAGAAUGAAUGGAGAGACUUUUUAUAUUUGAA